AUGCUGGUGAGCGAAGGCGAUCCAGAGGCUAAAUACACAGACCUGGAAACAAUUGGCAAAGGGGGUUUCGGCACUGUGUGUACGGCAGUGGACACUGCCACAGGAGAAGAGGUGGCCAUAAAGAAAAUCAGUCUCCUGCAAGAGAGCAGCAAUGAGCUAUGUGUGAAGGAAAUCCAGGUCAUGCGUGACAAUAAGAACGCCAACCUAGUGACCUAUGUAGACAGCUACCUGGUACACGAGGAACUCUGGCUCGUGAUGGAAUACAUGGACGGAGGUUCCUUACACGACAUCAUCAGGGAAGCCAGGAUGGUAGAAGGAGAGAUAGCAGUUGUCUCUCGGGAGUGCCUGCAAGGCCUGGAUUUCCUUCACUCCAAGCACGUAGUCCACCGAGAUAUCAAAAGCCACAACAUUCUCCUGGGCUUGGAUGGAUCUGUCAAGUUGGCUGAUUUUGGACUCGCUGCUCAGCUGACGGCUGAGCAGAGCAAACGGAGAUCAGCUGUCGGCACUACUUACUGGAUGGCGCCAGAAAUUUUCAGCAAGAAGCCCUACGGUCCCAAAGUGGACAUCUGGUCCUUUGGCAUCGUGGGCAUGGAGAUGGUGGAAGGAGCGCCUCCUUACCUGAUGAAAAGCUCCCACACGGUUCGACAGCUGAUAAGCACCGGGGGCAGCCCGAAGCUGCAGAAGCCCAGGCAGCAGUCCGCUUGGUUGAGAGACUUUCUGCACUGCUGCCUGGAGACGGAUGAGGACAGGCGCUGGUCUGCCCAGGAACUUCUGCAGCACCCGUUUGUAAGAUCAGCCAAGCCGACCUCCAGCCUGACGCCUCUGAUCGUGGCAGCACGGCAGUUUAUGGGCAACAGCAGAUACUAG